GUGUCGUGGGAGAAGACCCACCCACCCAUGAUUUCCUUUCCAUGAAUGCACAUUCAUAUUGGUUUCAUUAAUAAAAUGCCAUUGACAAGAGAAAUAUUCAAAAAAAAAAUAAACAAUUCUCAUCUUAAAUGUAUCAUAUUCUUAAGAAAAAGUCAGUUAGUUACGGCCGGCGCACAGAGAGAGAUCUCAACUCAAUGAGGAGGCUGCCUAUAAAUUUUAAUCUCCUCCCCAUUCGAACUGUCUCACCUUGCAUUUUAUUCACAACACAAAAGCAGCAGCACCAACACUUAGGAAUCGAAAUCAAGAGAAGAAUUAUCCCAUUCAGUCGAAGAAGAGGAAUCGAAUUCGAAAGCAAUAGAAGAGUCAUCCCAACCAGUGAAAGAGGAGGAAUUGCUAUACAGAGUAUAAGCAAAAUGUCAAGUGAUCAUCAUGGGAUUGAAAGGCCCCGAAUGGUGAUGAAGAGGAUACUUGCCAGGCCCCAACACGAGGGAGAUGGAGCUGUGGUGAGGAGGAGCAUUGGAAGGAUGGAGUUGAGGCAUUUGGACCCCUUCUUGAUGUUGGAUGAAUUCUCAGUUACGCCUCCUGCUGGUUUUCCCGAUCAUCCACAUAGAGGGUUUGAGACUGUAACAUACAUGACACAGGGUGCUUUCACUCAUCAAGAUUUUGCAGGGCACAAGGGUACUAUUAGAGCCGGUGAUUUACAGUGGAUGACAGCCGGUAGGGGUAUAAUCCAUUCUGAAAUGCCAGCAGAGGAAGGACCCAACAAAGGUCUCCAGCUCUGGAUCAAUCUUUCUUCCAAGGAGAAAAUGAUCGAACCGGGAUACCAAGAAUUGCAAAGCCAGGACAUUAAGAUUGCAGAGAGAGAUGGUGUGGAGGUGCGAAUCAUAGCAGGAGAAGCAAUGGGGAUUAAGUCACCAGUUUAUACAAGAACGCCGACAAUGUAUUUGGAUUUCACAAUGAAACCAUCAGCCCAAUUACAUCAACCGAUACCAGAAUCAUGGAAUGCUUUCGUGUACAUCAUGGAGGGGGAGGGUGUUUUGGGGAGCCCAAAUUCCUCCCCUGCAACUGCUCACCAUGCACUGGUUUUGAGCCCUGGUGGAGAGGGGAUCAGUGUGUGGAAUAAGUCGCCAAAGCCCCUGAGAUUUGUUCUAAUUGCAGGGAAACCCCUGAACGAGCCGGUCGUUCAAUAUGGUCCUUUUGUGAUGAACACACAGGCUGAGAUUGAUCAAACCAUAGAGGAUUAUCAUUUUUCCAGAAAUGGGUUUGAGAAGGCAAAAUACUGGAAAUCUCAGUGAUAGGUCUCACAGUAAAUGGGGGCAUGGAAUUUGAAUACAAGGAAGAUCACAUUGGGGCUAUGAUUGGCAAGCCAAUCAAAAAAUUCAAAAUAAGGAUAUCCACUGCUCUUUGAGGACCUUAUCCACCUCAUAUGGCAGAAAGAUAUGGGCAUAUUAUUUGACAGAGAUUGCUUCUAGAAGCUCAUGUUUAUGAGAUCAGAUAUGAUGUGGGCUCUCUUUUCCUUUUUCUUCUUUUUUUUUUUAGCUGGAUUUUGUUUGGCUCAUUAAUCAUUUUUUAGCUUGUCUUGCAUUUUUAUUAUUGUGUAUCUGGGUUGUAGGGGUGGGGAUUUUAUGAGAUGGGACAUCCAUGAUUCAUUUUUGCACUCAGCUGCACCCAGCUUUUGUAAUGUAAUGGAAUAUCUUCUACUGAUUCUCAGUGGAGUGCGUGGGACAAGGAAGAGAUUGAUUGGUUCCUCUCAUUGUUUUUGUUUAUUAGGAUUUGUGGGUUUUCAAAUAAGAGUUGUAAGAUUACCUCUUCUUGUUAUUUAAAAUGUUAAAAGUCUAGUAAGCAUUGGAUCCA